AAUGUCCUCAUUUUAGAUUGACUUUAAAAACAAUACCCUUUAUCACUAUAUAUACCUCCAAUCCAAAAGUCCUUGCACUGGCUUCCAGUCAGCUUUAGAAUAAAAUUUAAAGUUCUGCUACUGGUCUAUAAAUCACAAAAUGAUUUAGGUCCUGAAUACAUGAAAGAAAUGCUUACAGAAUACAAACCCAGUAGAGCUCUGAGAUUGACUGACUCAGGUCAAAUAGUGGAGCGCAGAGUCCAAAGCAAACAUGGUGAAGCAACAUUGAGCUAUUAUGCUGGACGCAAAUGGAAUAAGUUGCCAACAGAGGUGAGGUCAGCCCCAAGUGUGGAUGUUUUUAAAUCCAGGUUGAAAACUCUUCUUUUUUCUCAUGCUUUUUAGAAUAUAUCCACUUUUUGAUCACAUUACUUGCACUGUCUGCAGUUUUAAUUGUCUUUUUAAAAAUAGUUUUUUGACAUUUUUAUUGUUUUUAUCCCGUUUUAAAUGUUUUAUCUCUUUGUUUUCAAAUGCCUUUAAUCAUGUAAAGCACAUUGAGUUACCUCGUGUACAAAAUGCACUUUACAAAUAAAUGUGCUUUGCUUUGGUUCUCUGGUACUCGACUCCCCAAGGAUGCCACCCAGGAAGUGGAAUCAACAUUGGUAGAAUGAGUGAGGGUAUAAAGUGAGUCAGAUGGCAUCCAGGACAGAGUUGGUGUGUGAACCAACUUUAUGUGAAGCGGCGGUAAAUGCGUGUGGAUUAACUAGGAUCAGAUCAAUUGCUUUAAUCCCUCUCAAAAGGACACAGUUGACCCGUGGUGACCCCUGACCAUGCUAACGGGGAACGGCAUCGUCCAAUCAGAGGCCAGCAAGUGAUCAGGCUUUUCAAAUUGACCAAACUUCACAUGAUGAUUAAAUGGGUGGGUUCUGACUUUUAACACAACAGAUGAUGGCACAAUGAACUUUACUUAUUUAUUUUUUUUGUCUUUACUUGUUGUACCUAGUGACAGAGCAUCAAAGCACAUUUACAUUUUAUAUCAACCACCACGAAAUUCUGUGUAGUCCUCAACGAUUGCGUUUGCGAUAGCCGUCGAAAGCAUUGCGGACCCUCACUAAUCCAUCAAAAGGUCUAGACUGGGAAGAUUAUGCAGAUACAACCUUUCUCGUAUGGCUCAGCUCAGUGGUCAACUAGAUUAAAAACUCACGCCCAUUUAAUUUGACUGGCACCUUUAACAGCUAAUAGGAAGCGGAAAGGAGACUGGACACGUAAAUUGUGAUUGGUGAACGUUUCCGGACAAUAUGAAUGGCAGCGUUUAUUGUUCGCCGUUCCUAUCCCACGGCAGCAACUUUUGUGACUCCCAGUUUGCGGUAAACUGUGAUUAAAAACUUCUCGGAAUAACACCCGGACGGUAAAAUUGGUCGUCAUUAAGAAAGUCCGUCAGCGGCGAAUGAGACGAUUGGGGUAUUUGCUCGCCUUUUCAACGACAACUUUCUCCCCGGAGAGCUGCAGUGUCUUUAGAUCAGCUGGGCUUUAAAUGGUUAACUGGUUCCAGCACGGGCUGCUAACUUAUUUGCAUUAAAAAGCCGAGAGGAGAUUCCGUUCACCCUCUUGUUCCUUGGAUUCCAAAUUUUGAGUUGCCUAACUCAUCCAGAACUCAAAUUGACUGGUUUCCAAAUGGGCCUCCUUUCACGCCCAAACGUCUCGACUGUACCACCUUGGCCGUGUUUUGUUCGGGAUGGAGAUGGAGGAUCCCGACACUCCAGAUUUUGCAUCUUUGAAGGAGGAAGUGCACUACUGGAAGGAGCAGGCUGCCAAGCACCGGCAGAGUGCUGAGGAAGCCCAGGAAGAGCUGCAAGAGUUCCAGCAAAUGAGUCACGACUACGAGGCAGAGCUGGAAGCAGAGCUCAAAGUGUAUGAGACCAGGAACCGUGAGCUGCUAGCUGCUAACAACCGCUUGCGAAUGGACCUCGAAAACUACAAGGAGAAGUACGGCACACAGCACUCGGAGGCGUGUCGUCAGAUGUCUACGCUGGAGGGUGAGCUGGCUGAAGCGACGUUUAUUCGAGACCACCUACACAAGUACAUCAGGGAGCUGGAACAGGCAAAUGAUGACCUGGAGAGAGCCAAGAGGGCCACUAUCAUGUCUCUAGAAGACUUUGAGCUGCGCAUGAAUCAGGCCAUCGAGAGGAACGCAUUCCUGGAGAGCGAGCUGGACGACAAGGAGAACCUUCUGGAGUCUGUGCAGAGGUUAAAGGAUGAAGCCAGAGACCUACGCCAGGAGCUGGCCGUGCAGCAGAAGCAGCAGACGCACAUGACCAACACAUCCACAGAGCCUUCCUCAUUGUUGUCUUCAUCGUCAUCAUCUUCGGCCCCCAUGUCAGCCCCCUUCCCCUCGCCGCCCCUCACACCCCCAGACAAAAAGGCUGAAGACAAAAUGUCCGCUGACGCUCAUAUCAGAGCGCCCAAAACACCGUCCCUCAACACGGGUGACAGUGGCGUGUCGGUGAGUCCGCUGACGACGCCCGCCAGGAUUUCUGCACUCAACAUUGUCGGCGAGCUGCUCAGGAAAGUCGGGAAUCUAGAAUCUAAACUGGCCUUGUGCCGUGAGUACGUCCACGAGCAGCCGGCAGCCCACAGGCUCCCGGCCGAGAACCUCUCCGACUCGGUACCUGCCAACGGAGUCUACCACAAAGGGCUAGUCAAGAGGUUGGACUUCGGAACGGGAGCCAAACUACUGCUGUGAGAAUGGGAGAUGGGAUUUCAAACCUCUGGGCCUUUUCCUGCUGUGGCCACCAAUGUGAGAAAGAAUAGAUCUCCCCUCGGCACUUGCACUUAACUCGCUGACUUUUUUUUUUUUUUUGGUCCAACACUGGGUUUUUUUUCUGUUGUGACAGACUAUAGGAAAAGUGACAUUUUUGUUGGUCACGUCAAAAAUGGUUUUGUGUGAAGAUGAGCAUUGCAGCCACACUUAGGGGAAAAAAAUGGAGAUUUAAGUCAUGUUUUUUUUCCCAGAUCCUCCUAUCCACCCUCUCUUAUUGUGGAGGAAAUAAGAUUGAAAGGUAUUUAGGGAAAAUAAAAAAUGACAUUUCAGGAAUAAAUGGUGUCUCUAUCUAGAAUGAACUUGCCAAAAUAAAAUACAUGAAUGAAGCCGUUACAAUAGCCAGAUCCCAUCCCUCCAACAAUAAAUUGCACCUUUUCUCUGAAGAAUCUCAAUCCACACAUUUACAAGGAUAAAGACAGACUUUUGUCUUAAUUAACUUUCAGGACAUUACAAAGAAUAGCAAUGAUGUUAUUUUAUAACGAAGACAGUGUCUUGGGUAGAAGUAAAAAAAAAAAAAAAAAAAAAAAAUUAAAAUGAAUAUUUAGAAAUAGCACUUUUAUUUUUUCAGACAAUUAUAUGGUUUUCAGGGGGAAAAGUAGUGAUAUAAGUACUUUUUAAAGACAAUUUUAUGCUCAUAUUUUUCAAAUAUGGGCACAAAAAUGUUUUUUUUGCCAGAAUGAUGCCAUUUUCUUUCUUAGAGAAAUUAUUUUUCCAUACAUUUUUUUUUUCUUUUCAUAAAAAUGCAUUGUUACAAUAAUAAAAGCAGUUUUUUCAAAAAUAUGUUAGAAAAAGCUGUAUCACAGGAUGCAGUUAUUUCUUUAAAGAACUUACUGUUUUUACACCCCCCCCAAAAGUCAUAUGACUAGAUUUUUUUUUUUUUUUUGACCCCAAGAAAUUGUGCUAAUUUACAACAGAUUUUUUUUUUCCCCCUUAAGAUUUUUCUGAUUUCUUCAGGACCAAAAGUGAAGUUAUCCUGUAUUUUCUUUUCAGUGUGGUCCUAAUGCUCUAUGAUUUUCAACUUUAAAACUAGAAAAAAAGCACUUUUUUCAGUCCUGUUGCCUCCAACACUGUGUGGCCAUUUUGUGGUACUGCGCUUAGAAUUGCCGUCCUUCAUAGUAUCACUAAAUCAUGUUUUUUCGGAAACAUCAUGAAGUUGUUCAUGUUAUUGUAGGAAAUGUUGACGCUCUUUGAGCCUGUUUUAAAUUUAUAGGUUUGCUUUACCAACUCUGCACUCUUUAUACUUUCAAUAAAUUUGUUUUUCUACUCGUUUUUCUAA